UGUAUUUAUAGUAUUUUAGCGUAACGCUAGACACCGGUCAGACUACAACACAGUCUCAUCUUUGUCGACUUUCAGGAGGGCAUCAGACACAUGAAGGGAUGCUUGCCAUGUUUUGAAAGAAAUCGUCUAUUUAAGAAUAUAUAAAAUGGGUAAAAAGGAUAAAGGAGAUCGGGACAGGAAGUCCAAGAAGCGUUUCUAUGAGGAGGAAGAAGAUGAAGAAGAGGUAGCGGGCAUCGAGUCUCAGGAGGCCAUACCUGCUGCUGCAGGGAAACAAGUGGAUGAGUCCAGUACAAAACUGGAUGAAUAUGGAGCCAAAGAUUAUCGUGUUCAGAUGCUGUUGAAGAAUGAUCACUCUUCACGCCCCCUCUGGGUGGCUCCAGAUGGACACAUCUUUUUGGAAGCCUUCUCACCAGUGUAUAAGUACGCCCAGGAUUUCAUGGUGGCCAUUGCAGAACCAGUGUGCCGGCCUAAUCAUAUUCAUGAGUACAAGCUGACGGCCUACUCCCUGUAUGCAGCUGUCAGUGUGGGGCUGCAGACCUCUGAUAUUGUGGAGUACCUGCAGAAACUCAGCAAGACGUCGUUACCUGAUGGAAUCGUGCAGUUCAUUCAGCUCUGCACAGUGAGCUAUGGCAAAGUCAAACUGGUGCUCAAGCACAAUAGGUAUUUUGUUGAGAGUACCUUCCCUGAUGUGAUCCAGCGCCUUCUGCAGGACAACGUGAUCCGUGAAUGCCGUCUCCGCACUGCAGACGGAGCAGACACUGAGCUUAUUACUGAAGUCAUCUACAGCAAGUCAGCGAUUUCCAAGUCCAUUGAGGAAAAGGGAAGUACUUCCACCUCACAGCAGCCCAGCGAUGGACAAACUUCAACCCAGCAGGUCCCCGAGGACAUCUUCAGCUACUAUGAGCAGAUGGAUAAAGAAGAGGAGGAGGAGGAAGAGACUCAGACUGUGUCUUUUGAGAUUCGCCAGGAGAUGAUUGAAGAACUGCAGAAGCGUUGUAUUCAGCUGGAGUACCCCCUCCUUGCAGAGUAUGACUUCCGCAACGAUACAGUCAACCCAGACAUCAACAUAGACCUGAAGCCCACGGCUGUGUUGCGGCCCUACCAGGAAAAGAGUCUGCGCAAGAUGUUUGGGAAUGGACGUGCUCGCUCUGGGGUCAUCGUGCUGCCCUGCGGAGCGGGCAAAUCUCUGGUGGGCGUGACAGCAGCGUGCACGGUGCGUAAACGCUGCUUAGUGUUGGGGAACUCCUCGGUGUCAGUGGAGCAGUGGAAAGCUCAGUUCAAGAUGUGGUCCACUAUCGACGACUCGCAGAUUUGCCGCUUCACUUCCGACGCCAAGGACAAGCCCAUCGGCUGCUCAGUGGCCAUCAGCACCUACUCUAUGCUGGGUCACACCACCAAGCGCUCCUGGGAGGCGGAGAGAGUCAUGGAGUGGAUGCGGAGCCAGGAGUGGGGACUCAUUAUCCUGGAUGAGGUGCACACUAUCCCUGCCAAGAUGUUCCGUCGUGUUCUGACCAUUGUCCAGGCACAUUGCAAAAUGGGGCUCACUGCCACACUGGUCAGGGAAGAUGACAAGAUUGUGGACCUGAACUUCCUAAUUGGACCUAAACUAUUUGAGGCCAACUGGAUGGAAUUGCAGAACAACGGCUACAUUGCCAAAGUCCAGUGUGCAGAGGUGUGGUGCCCAAUGUCUCCAGAGUUCUACAGAGAGUAUGUGGCCAUCAAGACAAAGAAGCGCAUGCUGUUUUAUACAAUGAACCCCAAUAAGUUCCGCGUUUGCCAGUUUCUCAUUCGCUUCCACGAGCGGCGCAAUGACAAGAUUAUGGUCUUUGCUGACAACGUGUUUGCCUUAAAGGAAUACGCCAUUCGCCUCAACAAGCCUUACAUCUAUGGCCCAACCUCUCAGGGGGAACGAAUGCAGAUUUUACAGAACUUCAAACACAACCCCAAGAUCAACACCAUUUUCAUCUCCAAGGUUGGAGACACCUCAUUUGACUUGCCAGAAGCCAAUGUUCUGAUCCAGAUCUCUUCCCAUGGUGGAUCACGCAGACAGGAGGCCCAGAGGCUUGGCAGAGUCUUACGAGCCAAGAAAGGAAUGGUAGCAGAGGAGUACAAUGCCUACUUCUACUCACUGGUGUCCCAGGACACCCAGGAGAUGGCUUACUCCACCAAGAGGCAGAGGUUCCUGGUGGACCAGGGUUACAGCUUUAAGGUGAUCACAAAGUUGGCAGGUAUGGAGGAAGAGGACUUAAUGUUCUCCUCAAAAGAUGAGCAGCAGCAGCUGCUUCAGAAGGUCCUCGCUGCUUCAGACCUGGAUGCUGAGGAGGAAGUGGUGGCAGGGGAGGUGGGCGGACGACCACAGUUCUCAAGACGAACGGGCACCAUGAGCUCCAUGUCAGGUGCCGAUGACACCGUCUACAUGGAAUAUCAGAGUCGAGGCAGCAAAGCCGCAUUGGGCAAAAACAUUCAUCCACUGUUCAAGCGCUUCAGAAAGUAGAUGCACUGACUCAAACCCUGGCACCUAAAGACUUAUUCAAUCGCAACAAGGUAAUAGGACAAAGUUGGGGUGCAAUAAUGUAUACUGAGUUUGGAUAUCCGUCUUGCAGUAUUAUACCAUAAAUUGAGAUAAAGGGAUGCACACAAUUAGUCAACAUUGAUCGUGUGCUCUUCUCUGUGUAGACUUCUAUGUGACUUGAUAGCUGUUAAGCUGUUUUAUUUCAUUAAAGUCAGACAGCUUGCAUAGUUGUCCAUCUGGUCUGGAGAACAGAGCAAUGACUGAAUAUACCCUGGACCUGAAUAUUAUCAAAUGAUGAUAUGCUGUACAUUGCUUCCUCCUAGUAACCGAUGGUGACGACGGUUGAAAUGACUUGUACAUCUAGUUAAGAACGCAGCGAAUGACGCCUGCAGGGCUCGACGGCUCUAUGUGACAAAUUUGAAAGUCUCAUCUCCAGCUCCCUCAAGCGCCUACAUGUGAUGACAUUUACAGAUGACAUGCAGUGAUAAUGGCACUCUGUCCAAGUGUCAACGGUGUCUUUUUUUUCAUGUCUGUGUUGCGUUGCAGUGAUGCAGCUAGCCAAUUGGGCCCGUUCCGCAACAAAAUUAGGUGUUGUUUUUGAAAAUCAAGCUUAAUUCCACAACGCCUGAAGGCUUUGACUUGUUUGCAGUAAUGUCUGUGUGUAGGAUAAGAGGUUACCAAAGUAGACGUCUGGGUGAUGUUAGCCCUACGUGGAAUAACCUGCGUCUUAUCUACUGUUGGUGUGUGUGCUUCACUGACAAUUGUAUCUGAGGAGGAAAACCAAGGAUGUAUAUUGGAAUUUUUGUAAGUGCGGCUACAUUUUUACACAUUAAGACAUAAAUAAUUAAACAAUCUGUGGACAUUAA